ACACGGAUUGCGAACAGGAAGUUUGUGUGCAGUGGUUUAAGUUGGCGCUCGCUUUGACUCGGAGGCGAAGGAGUUUUUCUGAUGGCGUGCUUGGAGAGAACGAUGGCUGUCCAGGAUGGAAAAACGCCGAUCCAGAUGCUCCAGGAGUACGGCGCGUUAUCGGGCACUCCGCCGGUGUUUGAGAUGCUGAGAACCGAAGGGCCGGCUCAUCUGCCUCAUUUUAUUUUCAGUGUCAAGAUCGGGGACGUUACCUGCUCAGGACAAGGUUCAAGUAAAAAGGCUGCAAAACACAAUGCAUCUGAGGCUGCAUUAAAUAUGUUAAAAGGCGAAGCUGGACUUAGUUUUCAGGUGCCAAAGUUGGAAGGACCGGAUUCUCCUAAAGAACAAACCAAUCACGGCAACAUCAUUGGAACUCUCCAGGAAAUGGCUGUUCAGAAAGGAUGGCGGCCUCCAGUUUAUUCUGCAACGGUAGAGGUGGGACCUGCUGGCACAUGGCAGUAUUCUGUAACUUGCCGAAUGGAAUCAUUUGAGGAAAUUGGGAAUGGAAGAUCAAAAAAAGAAGCAAAAAAAUUUGCAGCCGAAAAGAUGAUUUCAAAACUGAAAAGUCUCCCAGAGAGUUUCGAUAUUUUAGGGGCAAAAUUCAAGUGGGAGAAUCUGAAGAAUUCUUCAGCAGAAAAAAUCUCAAUUCUGAAGAGAACUCCGUUAAGUCUGCCCAACGCCAAUUAUGAACAGAUGUUAUCAGAACUGGCUCAAGAGCAAGGCUUUGAAGUCCUGUACCUGGACAUAGAUGAGCUGACAGUAAAUGGACAAUACCAGUGCUUAGCAGAACUCUCCACUGUCCCAGUUGUAUUGUGCCAUGGCACUGGGAUUUCACAAGGCAAUGCUCGGGAGGACGCAGCCCACAACGUACUGCAGUAUCUGAAGAUCAAAGCCUUAAAAUAGACACCCAUUUUUAUUGCCUCAACUGACAAAGCUGUGAUGGGUGACCUCCUUCAAAUAUAUGAAUUAUAUAAAUAGAUGUCUUCACUGAUUAGGUAAAUGUAAGGGAUUAAUCCCCCAAAAACAGAAGGUGUGUAAACAUAAACCAAUCCAAAGCAGCCAUCUUCACCAGUCUGAAAUGAGCUCAUGUGGCCCGUCACUUUACUGGUGGUGUGGCUAAAUCUGAAAUCCUCAUUUGUAUGAAGGUCUGGGCGAGGUGCAAUUUCUUUAUCAAUUGGAGACGUACUUCUUUUAUAUAACUAAUAUCAAAAGGACGAUCCUAGAACUUUUUAUAUUGUACAGUUUGCAUGCAUUAAAAAGGAUUAGAAAAUUUCAAUAUAUUUUUCCAAUGUUUUAGAAGUCCAAAUGAUGAUAAGGAGGAAUUCAGGGGCAAAAAUAUAAAUGAUGAAGACCCAAACUUGGAAAUAUGCCCUCUAUUGUUUAAUUUUUUUUUCCUUAUUUUUUUUUUUGUUAAUCUUAUUUUGCUAUCUGCUCUAUGCAAAGAGAAGUAAACUGGGUCAAUUUUUGUAAUUUUCUUAUUAUUUUUUCCCCCUCUUCCAUAUUUCCUUUAGAUAUAUUUGAAAGAUUUGGAUAGUUUCAGGUAUAGUAAAAUUAGCUAAAUUAUGCUUUUAUCUUGUGUUGGAGGAAAUGUAAAGUUUAAAGAAAUGAACUAAGGGCCCAGUGAUUAUUCUGAAAACUGCUGCUCUGUGUCCUUCAUGGCAGUGCUGAAGAAGUGCGACUUUCUAUUCGUUUUCAUGACUGUGGGAUGGACUUGUGAGUUUGUAUUUAUUUAUUAUUUAUUUUUAACCUGACUCAAUUUGUUUUUCAUGUUUAAAAGAUUUUAAAAUCUAUAACCAUGUGCAAGAAUGAAAUCUGUCGUGUGUGUGUGUGUUUUUAUUUUUCUUUUAGUGGUUAUGUCCCCAGUAUGUUGGGACUUUUCUGCCCCAUUUGUCAUAUGCAACUUCACCUCUGCACAGUAUGCGUCAAUAGAGGUUUAUAUUUAAGUAAAAAUAAUGUUCUGUAAUGGAU